AUGUUUUUAUUUCGUGUUAUGCAUGCAGUCCCCUAUACUAAUAGGGAGUCUGUAAAAGAUAUAAUAGCAAAUUUACAUAGUUAUUUUACAUGUAACCUGUUAAUUGGAUUGGCAGUAUUACUAUCAUAUCGCCAAUUUGGUGGUAGACCAUUAGAAUGUAUGUUACCUAUGGGAUUUUCUGGAGCUUGGGAACAGUAUGCUGAACAAUAUUGUUGGGCAGAGGAUACAUAUUUUGUUCCAACAAAUGAAAAUGUUGAAAAUUAUACAAGUAAUCAUACACAAAAAAAACAAGUUAGUUAUUAUCAAUGGAUGCCUUUUUUUUUAUUAUUUCAAGCAGCAUGUUUUAAAAUGCCAACAUUUAUUUGGAAAUAUUUUGCAAGUCAAUCUGGUAUGAGAGUUGGUGAAAUUUUAAGAAUGGCUACAGAUCCUGUUAAUUCAAAUCCUGAAGAUAGAAAAUCAACAGUUGAAUCAUUAUCAUUACAUUUACAAGGAGCUUUAAGAUUUCAUAAACGUUUAAAAAAAAGAAAUUUAAUUCCUCAUAAAAUAUGUCGUUUUUUAAAUUUAAAAUAUUCAGGAUAUUAUGUAACAUUAAUAUAUUUUUUGGCUAAAUUUGGAUUUUUAUUAAAUAAUAUUUUUCAAUUAGAUCUUCUUCAAAAAUAUUUAAUUCCCGAUGCAACUGAGGCAUUUGGUUUAGAUGCAUUAACAAAAUUAUUAGAUUCUAAUAUAACAUGGAAAGAUCAUGGUAUAUUUCCAAGAGUAUCAAUUUGUGAUUUUGAGGUUCGUGAAAUGGGACAACGACAAAGGCAUACAGUUCAAUGUGUAUUAGUUAUAAAUAUAUUUACAGAAAAAGUUUUUAUUAUUUUAUGGUUUUGGUUUUCUCUUCUCUUUAGUAUAACUGUUUGUAAUAUGUUUGCUUGGAUAUUUUCUUUAUACAAUGAAACAUCAAGAACUCAUUUUAUUAUUAAUAAUUUAAUCAUGGGUGAUGUUAAAAGAGACUCUAAAUCUGAUGAAUUUUCAAGGAAAGUCAACAAAUUUGUUAAUCGUUAUCUUGGUUGGGAUGGAAUAUUAGUAUUAAGAUUAAUUUCACAACAUGCUGAUGUUGUUCUUACUGUUGAUUUAAUCUCAAAUUUAUGGGAGAUUUUUAUCAGUAUUGAAAAAAGAAGAGAAGAAAUUAAAAAUAUUGACAUUAAAUGGGAUAAAGCAUUAAGAAAAUUUUCAAAAUUAGAAAGAUCAGAAGAAUAUGACAAACUUUUUGGUUUACAAAAAGACCAUGAAAAUAUUAAAAAAAGAGAAGUAAAAGAUGACACAACAUCAAUUAAAGAAAAAUCUCGUUUACAAAGAUCAUUUAGUGGAGAGUACCUUGUAAAAUCUGAUUCUAGUGAUGAUGAUGAUGAUGAUAUAUCUAGAAAGUUAUCAAAACAAAAAGAAGUAAUAUCACGAAAAAAUUCUAUAAUAAUAAAAUCUAACAUAAAAAAUAAUCAAGACUAA